CACACAGCGCAGUCGUCCUAGAUAACAGGAUCGCUCACCCAGAGAAGAAACCAAUCGCCGCUGCGCAGGAGGCAAAGCAGGCAUUAUGAAUUUUGAACAAGUUACGCCAAAAAUUUCAUUGGCCGCUUUACGCGCUUUGAAUGAAUUCAACAACAAGCAUGGUAUUCAUAUAAUCUACAAUGCGGAAAGAACCGUGACCAGCACAGCAGAAAAGACCAGUAUAAAGCCUUUUCCAGGAUACAAUAUACAUCACUUGGUGCGCUUCGUGAAACCUGAUAAAAGGUACGCGGUCCGAAUUGGGUCAAAGAAAAAGGUUGAAGUAGGAUUUCGUGAUUUCAGAAAUAAUAGCUUUUACAUUCACCAUUGCCUCACUAGUUGCUGGGCAGAAAACCAAAAUAAGCUUUUCCAGCCCAGAGGUGCGCCUACCCUACAAGAAGCCAUAUGGAUUGGCUUGUCCUUUGAAAGUGGCAACGUGAUAAAGGGCUAUCAGAAUGGACUAGAAUACGGCCGCUACGACGGACUGGAUUGGAGCCUUGUAGAUGAGCACAUCGACUUUCAUAGCAGUAAUUUCAACACCUGCACAGUAAUGCAAAUACAUCUUUUCGCAAAUGAUGCUACAAAACUUUUCUUGAACAGACGAUGGGAAGACUGCAGCGCCUAUCAUCUCUACUGUGGAUCGGUUGUGACAAUAAAGUGCAGAUACACCCACAACACUUCAUCGCACCGAGGGCUGAGCUUCGCCAUCGGAAACGUCAGUGGAGCCAAAACCGUAGUGAACUUCCCAGCGUAUGCGAAUACUGGCGAAUCCUACGUGUUACAAAUAUUUGUCGGCGAAACUGUAUAUAAUAUUGUUUCACAAAACGAAUCUAAAGUAAUCAGUAACGAGUCCUUUAAAAACACAAAAACAAGGACUUAUCUAGACUUCGCAUCACACAACAUCGUCUUAGACAGCGUCUUCAUGGAAACAAGUGGGAGUCCAUGGAAAUAGUAUGGGAAAAGAACGUUUUUCUACACUGAUGUUCCUGUUUUACCAUCGAAUACUUCCGGAUACUGGAAAUAAACAUGUUCUUACCCGC